AUGCAACUCAUAUCUCUGCUAUAUCUAGGGGUGACCCUAUUGAAUGGGGUCGUUUGCCUCAAUAGCACUGGCUAUGAGUACAUCGUCGUCGGUUCAGGGGCAGGUGGUGGCCCACUGGCCGCUCGCCUGGCCCUUGCUGGGCACAAAACUUUGCUGAUCGAGGCAGGCGAUGACCAAGGUGCGAAUCCAAACUACACGGUUCCAGCCUACUCGGCGAAAGCAUCAGAAGACGAGACCAUGGCCUGGAACUUCUUUGUUCGCCACUACGCCGACGAUCAACGACAGGCACGGGACUACAAGACGACAUAUGAGACACCCGAUGGUGGCGAGUACACCGGUCUCUCGCCGCCAGCAGGCUCCACGAUGAAAGGCACGCUCUACCCUAGGACCGGCACGCUCGGAGGGUGCACCGCGCACAACGCCCUUGUCGCCGUGUACCCCUACGAGUCGGAUUUUGAGUACAUCGCGAGCAUGACCGGCGACGCGUCUUGGAACCCCGCCAACAUGCGCAAGUACUUCAAGCGCCUGGAACACAACAAGUACUCGCCGCUGUCCCCCGGACACGGCCAUGACGGGUGGCUCAGCACGGAGACCGCGCCCUUGUCCAUCCCGCUGAAGGAUCCGCAGCUCCUCAGCCUCUUCCUCGGGGGAGCUUUCGCGCUUGGAAACCUGACACACAGCAUUUUCAACCUCGCGACUCUGCUGAUCGGAGACGCCAAUGCCGAUACCGAACGGCGAGAUAAGACGCCGGGCUUCUAUCAGGUUCCUCUUUCAUCGAGUGGCGGCAAGCGUGUCGGCUCUCGCGACUUUGUCGUCUCGGUUCGGGAUGCCACGAAUCGGGAUGGAAGCAAGAAGUACCCUCUUGACGUGAGAUUGCAGUCCCACGUCACUAAUGUCAUCUUCGACCAGUCCGUGAAACCACCGCGCGCUACUGGAGUCGAGUUCCUCGACGGCGCCUAUCUUUACCGUGCCAGUCCGCGCUCGAAGAAUGCCGGGCCGGGGACUCCCGGGACCGCGAGUGCCUCUCGUGAAGUGAUCAUCUCUGGCGGCACCUACAACUCGCCUCAGAUCCUCAAGCUGAGCGGGGUUGGCCCAGCCGCCGAGCUCCAAAAGUUCAACAUCCCUGUCAUCGCUGACUUGCCUGGCGUCGGCACCAAUCUGCAAGAUCACUACGAAGUCGCGGUCCAGGGACAUCCGCCCAAGGACUUCUCAGCGCUCAAGGGGUGCACAUUCAGCGUCAACGGGCAACCCGACCCUUGUCUCGACCGCUGGAACCGCCCCUUCCUCGGCGACCGUGGGACGUAUGCUUCUGGUGGAUUCGGCGUGACGAUGCUCUAUCCCUCGAGCGUCACAGCAAAUGGAGACUACGACACCUUCAUCUUUGGCGGCCCGAUAAACUUCAGAGGCUAUUUCCCCACCUACAGCCUCAACGUUACGUCUCGCCAUGACUGGUACACAUGGGCUAUCCUCAAGGGCCACCCCCGCAAUACGGCUGGCACUGUUACCUUGCGGUCUGCAGACCCUCUCGACAUGCCGGACAUCACGUACAACUACUUUGACACCGGCUCGGGGGAUGCAAAUGCUGAUCUGAAGGCCAUUUCCGAGGCCAUCAAAUUGGCUCGCGACGCCUUCAAGAGACAGCUUGUUCCGGUGACUGAGGUGUUGCCAGGCUCGCAGGUGCAGUCGCAAGAGGACGUGGAACAGUACAUCAAGGACACCGCUUGGGGCCAUCAUGCUUCUUCAACGUGCCCUAUCGGCGCUGACGGUGAUCCGAUGGCCGUACUAGACUCGAAGUUCAGAGUUCGGGGCGUUACUGGACUACGCGUUGUAGACGCCUCGGUCUACCCGCGGAUCCCCGGCACGUUCACUGCAGUGUCAACGUAUAUGGUUGGUGAGAAGGCUGCGGAUGAUAUUCUCAGUGAGUUGAAGUAG